AUGCCACGAGACGAUACCGAAAAUUGCCUCAUGCCAGUUGGCAGCUCAGAUGAUCGAAAGAUGACGUGGGCAGAACUUCACGGUCGUGUAGCGCUGAAAAUCUCUUCCAACUGCGGUGGACUGCCCAUUGUUUCCUUUCACCUCCCGCACAUCAGCAUACUCGGCGGGCAUAGCCAGUCCAGGAAGGUGCGAGGAUCGUCGGCUUCCUUCUCAAUUUCCUUCGUUAGUUCAGGGUCGACAACGUCGCUGCGGGAUCAUGCAGUAAGCUGCGACUUCCUGCUUCGUGAGGAACCUCCACAAACAUCUGGUCGACCCGUGAUUUUCUCUUUCUAUCUCAUCUCUAUCAUCCUCCAAGUCACUUCGCAUCGUCCAGUUCGUCCUCCUAGUCUUCCACCCGAGUCGGCGCUGGUCGCUAGUUGGUCCUCCAUUCUGGGAGACAGACGUAGGCGUCCUGUUGAAAUUGUUGACGAGUACUUCACUCGGGGCAGGGCAGGCUCCGUGGCUAGCAACAGCUCACGAUAG